UUUCCGAGGCAUUACUUCCGGUCCGGACCACUAUGUCUGCCAUGUGGUCGUUGUUUUGAUUGUUGACAUUCACAUUAGGCACAAGCCAAGUCAUUUCUCAUCAUGGGAAGAAAGAGAAAGCACGGCAAUUCUCGGAAGACACAAGCCAUUCAUGAAGAGACACAAGAUGCAGUUUAUAAAACUGCUCCUCACUCCUUCGUGUUUCACAGAGGGAAGGUGGGUGUGACAGUGAGGAUGUUGAUACAAAACCUGAGGCAAGUGAUGGAGCCCUAUACAGCCAGUAAACUUCAGGUUCGUAAAAACAACGUUUUGAAAGACUUUGUGAGUGUGGCUGGUUUGUUGAACAUUUCUCACUUUUUAAUUCUCUCCAAAACGGACAAACAUAUUCAACUGAGAAUAGGGCGUGUCCCCAGGGGCCCUACAUUGACGUUUCAAGUGAGAGAGUUCUGUUUGAGCAAGGAUGUGUUAUCUGCUCAGAAGAAGCCAGAUUUAAGUGGGAAAGUGUUCAACCACCAUCCAUUGUUGGUGAUGAAUGGAUUUACAGGCGACGAGAAAAGCACUCAACUCAUAACAACAAUGUUCCAGAAUCUGUUCCCUUCCAUCAAUGUUAAUAAGGUAAAUUUGAAUAACAUCAAGAGGUGUGUGUUGGUGAGCUACAACCCAGAAACAAAACUCAUCGAUUUCCGGCAUUAUACAAUCAGCCUGACCCCUGUUGGGUUGACUAAAGGUGUCAAGAAACUAACCAAAACACAACUUCCCGAUCUCGGCAAGUACAAUGAUAUCAGUGAAUUCAUUGAAAGGGGAGGUAACUUGUCUGAGAGUGAAGGUGAACAGGAUGGUCCACACAAUGAAGUAACACUUCCACAACAGCUACAUGGCCGUGGGAACCUCAAGGCUGGACAGAGUGCAAUCAGACUGAAGGAGAUUGGUCCACGCAUGACACUGGAGCUGGUGAAGAUCGAGGAGGGUCUGUGCGAGGGAGCAGUCAUCCAUCACAGCUUCAUCCACAAGACCCCUGAAGACCUCCUGGCUGAUAAGAAGAAGAAGGAGCUCAAAUUAAAGUUAAAGCAGUCUCGUCAAACGAAGCAGAUGCAGAACGUGAAGAAGAAGGAGAAGCUGAAGGCAGAACAAGUAAAACAAAGUGUGGAAGGGAUGAAGAGGAAACAGGCAGCAGAGCAGAUGAAGGAAAAUGAUGAUGAGAGCGAUGAUGAUAUUGCCCACUACAGGAAAGAGGUUGGAGCCAACCCUGACAAAGAUCUGUUCCCCAGCCAGGGCAAGAAGAGGAAGAGGUUGGACAGUUCCGAUGUUCCCACAAAGAAACUGAAGAAGAGUCCUGGUAAAAAGGACAGCAAGCUGAAACCUAAGAAAGUAGCUCCACCUGGCUUCAGCAAGAAGCAACAAGUGGCACAACAGAAGAAGAGGAAGGAGAUGCGGAAGAAGAUGGGUACGAAGAAAGAGAGUCAGCCGGGACGGAAGAAGAACAUGAUGCCGAGGAAGACGGGACCGGGUGGGAAGACAGGAUCAGGCGGGAAGACAAACAAGGGGGCAGGAGGGAAGAAAAUGGGGACGCUCAAAGAAAAUGGGAAUGUCGAAGAAAACAGGAUCGAAAGGAAGCAAGGUGAAAGCUGGCUUCAAACCUAAGAGGAAAAGUGGAAGAUAGCCGAUUGUCAUUUGUGGGCAGGGGGGAUUGUUAGCUUGUUUUCAUGUGAAGAUGCACAUAGAGAUAUUUGAACAUUCAAUAAGUUUUUAAAAAGGUUUCAAAUGAAAGAAUUGUUAAAAUUGUUAUUUGAGGAGUUACUUAAAAUAAGUUAGACAGCAUUACUUGAUCAUUUUUUCUUGCAAAUUAAUAUACUAAGAUAAACUUUAUUAAGAAUUUUGAGAAACUGAAAUAAAACUGAAGGAUACACUGACAGUUAAGCAUCAGUAUUGACUAUAAUGUAAUGAGGACAUAUUGGGAUCUUGAUAACUGUCAUGUAGUAAUCCCAAAUGGUUACAAUUGUUUUCAUUGUCGCUUUGCCUCAUUGAUUGUUUUGAUGGAAUACAUGGGAACGGAUAAAUUUUAUAUUUGAA